AUGUUCAGGUAAAGUUAAUGUCAAAAUGUUUCCAAACUCAACCAUUUUCCUUUACAAACACAAAGAGUGAGGAAAACAUUAAAAAACAUUUAGAUACUGUAUAGCAUAAUUAAAAGAAAUUGCACAACUCUUGAGUGCUUUAGGGGGGACUCCACAGUAUAGUGGUUAACUAUACCUUAAUGUUGCUAAACAAAGGUUUCCAAAUGCUACAUCUGUUCAGUGUUAAAAGCUUAUACUUACAUCUAAGUACACACCUGUAUCUAAAGUAGAAUGUUUACACUGAUGAAGACUGGUGUAGGCCUAGAGUAAACAUUUGUAAGAAUUGUUCUUCAUACAUAUUUAUCCUGGCUGGCUUAAUUUCCCUGGCAGAACAAGAUCUUUGGGCAAUUUUCUUUUUACCCGAUGUACCUGUUCAACUACAGUAGAUGUAAAUAGGUAUCAGGGAACUGGGCAACUGUUGUGGGUUGCAUUCUGGGAAAUGGCAGUCAAUGGCUGGGGAGACCUCAGUAAGUCUAACAGGAAUCCAAUCUCAAAUAACAGAACCCAUGAUUAUAUAGUAUGUUUGUGUUGGACAGGUAAUGGACGGGAUCCACGAGGGAGCCGCAGUGGCAGCAAUGGGGACGUGGUCGACAGCAACGUGUUGCGGAAGGUGGCCAGUCUCACCCUCGACCGAGCCACCAUUGACAAGAAGGUCACUAAACCCAAGUUCGUCCCUGAAAAGCUCGACUUCAAGAUUUAUGAGAAGUUUGAAGGUCAGAUGUUGAUCAACUGGUUUGUGAGCGCCUUCAGUGAUGGUCACUACCUGCGACAUGUUAUCACGCAACAGGACCUCAAGAUCAUGGCCACACAGAUCUGCACCCAUCUCCUGGCCGCCGGCGUCCUCAACCAGAUUGAGGAUGUUAGUGCCCCGCUGGAGCUCCUCUUCAGACCUGACUUGAUGUACUACUGGAGCCAUACCGAGGCCUCGCCAGCACAGAUCUUAACCCCUGGUAAAAUCACUACUUCUGCCUGGCCGCCAUCAAAUUUUGCCGAACUCAUUUCAUCUGUUCGCCCAGGAGCAAAAUAUACAGAAGCUGACACAAGCACUGGCAAGGGCACUACAGCCGAUAACCUCCCUUGUCAUCCUAAUGGGGUACUUAUCGAGGCCGAAGUGCAGAAAGUAAAGAACGGGCAGGGAGAAGAAUUUCAGCAAGUUGUGAUGGGUCUUAAGCGGGAGCACAAGGAGUCCCUAGAUCAGAUAGAGCAUGACCAGGAGGUCUCUCUGUUCAACAUGAGAGGUGAACAGGCAGAAAAGCUAUGCCAGUACGAGCACAAGAUCAGAGAACUUGAGUUGGAACUGGAGAAACUCCAAACAGUAGCUGCAAUUCAGGAACUCACUGCCAAGACAAAGGCAGACUUUGACUCGCCUACCUCUCCAAGCAAAAUUGCAGCUUCUAAUGGCCCUCAGUCACUGCCCCCUCCUCCCCCUCCCCCUCCCCCACCUACAGAAAAAGGUGUGGCCGAUGCUUCAACCUCCCCUAUAAAGUGCAUGGAUACUGGCCUGUUUCCUUUACAGCAGCAACCUUCUGGAAUGCAAGGGAUGGGAAUACCUUUAUCGCCUUCUGGACUCUUUGCACCUCCACAACCCCCUCCUCCACCUGUCCCAAGCAUGCUUCCUUCUCUGUCUCUACUACCUAGAAUGGGUGGGCCUCCCCCCCCACCACCACCACCACCACCACCACCACCUCCACCUCCUCCUCCAUCUCUAGGAAUGGGUGGACCGCCCCCACCUCCACCGCCACCACCAGGAAUGUUUGGGCCACCACCACCACCACCCAUGCCAGGAAUGUUUGGACCACCACCACCACCACCACCACCCAUGCCAGGAAUGGGUGGACCACCACCACCACCACCACCACCACCCAUGCCAGGAAUGGGUGGACCACCACCACCACCACCACCACCACCCAUGCCAGGAAUGGGUGGACCACCACCACCACCACCACCCAUGCCAGGAAUGUUUGGGCCACCACCACCACCACCACCCAUGCCAGGAAUGGGUGGACCACCACCACCGCCACCACCCAUGCCAGGAAUGGGUGGACCACCGCCACCACCCAUGCCAGGAAUGGGUGGACCACCACCGCCACCACCCAUGCCAGGAAUGGGUGGACCACCACCACCACCACCCAUGCCAGGAAUGGGUGGACCACCGCCACCACCACCCCCACCAGGAAUGGGUGGACCACCACCACCACCACCUUUUCCUGGUAUGGGUGCCCCUCCGCCUCCUUUGCCUCCUGGUGUAAGAGGGCCGCCACCGCCACCAGGAAUUCCAGCACCUCCAGGAGGACCCACACCUUUCCCAGCCCCUCCGCCAGGUGGUUGGAAUGCUGCACGGCCAGCUGUUGUGGUGCCAGUCCUGCGCAAACAGCCUGUCAAUCCUAAAAUGGCUAUGAGACCUCUGUACUGGACAAGAAUUCAGCUGACUACACCAAAACCCCCAAAACCGCCAAAACCUGAGACUAUAGUCAUGGAGGACAUUGUGGAUAGUAAGGACAGUGCUAAAGAAGAGGAGAAUGAAGAUGUGAAAGAUAGUAAUGACAAAUGUGAAGAAAGUGAAAGCCUUUCUGCAACACUGAAGAAGAGAAAAAAAAUAGCAGAAGUACCGCUCUGGGAUGAACUUGAAGAGGAAGAAUUUGACGAGUUAGAAUUCGUAGAUUUAUUUGCAAGGCAAGUUGCACAGCCAAAGAAGAAGGAAAAGAAAGAAGAUAAGCCAGUCAAAGUCAAGGUUGCUAAGGUUUUAGACAGCAAACGAUCUCAGAAUGUAGGAAUUUUUAUUACGAGUCAGCAUCUUGACAUUGGUGAUGUUGAAAAUGCUGUGUAUAACUUCGACACUUCAGUUCUGGACCUAGAAAUUUUGCAACAAGUAUAUGAUGUGAGAGCAAGUGAUGUAGAAAUUGCCAUGAUAAAAGCGCAAGUAGAAGCAAUGCCAGAUGUUCCUCUUGAUAAACCUGAACAAUUUUUGCUAGACCUCUCCAAAAUCAAUGAAUUUGCAGAGCGGACUGCGUGUUUCAUGUUCCAAGCAACAUUUCCUGAAGAGUUGGGUGUAAUCCAUGGCCGAAUUAAUAUGUUACAAAACACAAUAGAGGUAUUGAUGACUAGUGACAGUAUUAAAAGAAUAUUCGGACUAAUAUUAGCUGUUGGAAAUUAUAUGAAUGGUGGCAAUAGAACAAGAGGACAAGCCGAUGGUUUUGGGCUGGAGAUUCUGCCCAAGAUCAAAGAUGUAAAGAGUAAAGAUGCUACAUUCACUUUAUUACAUUUUGUUGUCAACAAAUAUAUUGAGAAAUAUGAAGGUGUGGAUGCUGGCACUGACAAGGCUCAACUACCCAUUCCAGAUCCAUAUAUAGUUGAACGUGUAUCUAAUAUAAAAUUUGAAGAUUUAGAAGCAGAUUUGAAAGAAAUUGAGAAGAAUCUGAAAGUGUGUGAAAAUCGUGCUGAGAAGGUGAUAAAGAAAUCGGAUGAAGAUCAUCAACAACCAUUCAAAGAUUGUAUGACGCAGUUUAUUGUCAAAGCCAAGACAGAGCUGGAGAUGGAAAAUAUAAAUCUUAAUGAAUGCAAGUUACAAUUUGAUGCUGUCAUGAAGUACUUCCAGUUUAGUGGUAAAGGAAAAGAUGUUACGCCAUACGAUUUCUUCAGUGCCUGGUCACCAUUCUGUAACGACUUCCUUAACAUAUGGCAAAAGGAACAGCUGAAGAUUGUCAAACAAAGAAUGAAAGAAGCAGAAGAGAAAGUGCGGAAGAUGACAGAAGAGAAGAAGGAUGUUGCAAAGAAAACCAAAGAAGCUGGAGGACUGAAGAGCAAGCUGAAGGAUAAGCUGAAAAAGAAACUGGAGGACUGAAGACAAAAUGGCAAAUCUUAUCACUUUGGUAAUUGGUAGAAGAAGAAUAUUCUUCCGAGCAAAUGAUACAGCAUUUGUGCACAAGUCGUGACCUCAUGGACUAUAAAGACAGGUAUCAGACUCGUGGUCAUUAAACUGUGAUUAAAAUAGAUGUUGUGAUACUUGUUUUUAUCAUGAAGGAUAUGAGUAUACUGUACAGUACUAUGAUGUUAGUUUAUUUAUUUGUUUUGUAUGAAAACAUUAAUAAUGGACCAAAAUGACUUUGUAAAUUGCACUUAUGAAUGUUUAUGAAGAAUAAUCAUGCAUAAUACAUACGUUUGGAUAUUUUUUGAGUGAUCAAUAUGGUAUACUGUACAGUAAUUGACAAGAUUUAUAUUCCUUUUAUACAAUGUAUUAAGUUAUUUUUCAAUGUUUAAAGUUUCAUUCUAUCAUUGUAAAUGGAGCAGAUUAUAUUUUCAAGCUGGCUAAAACUUUUUUAAUACAUAUGUAAUUAAAGCAAUGAGCUAAACCAGAAUAUGUAAACUAUAUACUUUAACUCACAAUCCAUACCAUUAGUCUUUCCAUGAGCACAUAUUCUGAUAAACGGCAGUGACUUUGAGAGUUGAGUGAAGGUGUAUUUGUCUUGAGUGGAAAAAUGUAAUAAAUUCCAAAUUGAGGAUAUUAUUUUGUCCUUUUGGACAAUUCAAGCAUGUAAAAAUCUUUAAAUUUGUCUAAUGUCUAUUCAGUGUAAAUCUGUUGUUAAAGAUUUCAUAAAUGUAACGUUAUGAAAUAAUGUUCUAAUCUCCAGAUGAGAUUUUAAAUUAUGGUUAAUGCACAAUACUUACAGAUUUGGGAAAUGUUAAAUUUCGAGCCUGGCCUCGGGCCGGGCUUGGGGAGUAGAAGAACUCCCAGAACCCCAUCAACCAGGUAUCAACCAGGUAUCAACCAGAGCAGAUUCUUGAGUCACAGCUUGUAUAUUCACACACAUUUCACUUUCAUUGUCAUUAUCAUCCCAUUAUAUUCACUUAGAAUUAAGCACUAUUGUUCAUUUACAGAUUGUCAAAAGUAUGAAGUACAUAAUGGUUCACAGCUGCAUGAAAUCAAGUUUUUGUU